AUGGACGAACCACCAACUAAUUGGGAUCAACAAGAAGAAGAAAACCCAUCAGUAUCAACAGCAGCAUCAAAAUUUUCUGGCUUAAAUGUCAAUGCCGUUGAAUUUAUUCCUUCAUUUGGUACGGGACUUUCAUUUGGUUCAAAAGCACCAAGUGUCCCAACGCCACCACUACCUAAAACUCCUCCAUCAACACCUGUUGUUGUUCGACAUACACAUGAAACUGAAAGUAAUCUAGCUCAAAAAUUAAAUAUAAUCACAAAUCAAAUCGAAUCAAAUGGUCAACAAAAAAUAAAAGAAGAUUUUCCAACUAGAGAAGAAGAUGAACUUGCUGAUGAUCAAAAUGAAAGAAUGAUGGAUGAUUCAACAACAAUGCCAACAACAACAACAGUAAAUAAAACAACUUUAGCUGCUAGUUCAACAGUUCCAAAAGAAAAGAAAAAUAUUGUUAUUAAACGAGAUAUUGUAAGAAAAAAAGAGCCUGUUAAUAUUGUUUUUUGUGGACAUGUCGAUGCUGGAAAAUCAACUAUCGGUGGACAACUUAUGUUUUUAACAGGACAAGUUGAUAAACGAACAUUAGAAAAAUAUCAAAAUGAAGCUCGUGAAAAAUCUCGUGAAUCUUGGUAUUUAUCAUGGGCAUUAGAUACAAAUGAAGAAGAAAGAGAAAAAGGAAAAACUGUUGAAGUUGGUCGAGCUUGGUUUGAAACUGAAAAAAAACACUUUAUUAUUCUUGAUGCACCUGGUCAUAAAUGUUUUGUUCCAAAUAUGAUUGGUGGUGCAGCUCAAGCAGAUAUUGCUAUUCUUGUUAUUUCUGCUCGUAAAGGUGAAUUUGAAACAGGAUUUGAACGUGGUGGUCAAACACGUGAACAUGCUAUGUUAGUUAAAACAGCUGGUGUUCGUUAUUUAGUUGUUCUUAUUAAUAAAAUGGAUGAUCCAACUGUUAAUUGGGAUCAAGCUCGAUAUGAAGAAAUUCGUGAUAAAUUAACACCUUAUCUUAAAAAAUGUGGUUUUAAACCUGGUGAAGAUACAAUUUUUAUGCCAUGUAGUGGAAUGAGUGGAGCUUUACUUAAAGAACAUCCUGGAGAUCAAAUUUUACCUUGGUAUAAAGGACCAACUUUUAUUGAAUAUUUGGAUAGUGUACCAUCAUUUAAUCGUAGUAUUGAUGGUCCACUUCGAAUGCCCAUUGUUGAACGAUACAAAGAAAUGGGUACUAUUGUUAUGGGAAAAAUUGAAUCAGGAUGUUGUCGUGUCGGUGAUCGAUGUGUACUUAUGCCAAACCGAACACGUGUUGAAGUUACAAAUAUCUAUUAUGAAGACAUUGAAACUGAUUCUUGUGUAUGUGGAGAAAAUGUUAGACUUAAAUUAAAAAAUGUCGAAGAAGAAGAAAUCUCAAUCGGAUUUAUUCUUUGCGAUACUCAACAAGAACCAUGUGGAGUCGGAAGAGUUUUCGAUGCUCAAAUUGCUAUCCUGGAACAUAAAUCAAUAAUAUGUCCAGGUUAUUCAGCUGUUCUUCAUAUUCAUGCUGCUGUUGCAGAAGUUCAAUUAAAAAAACUGAUAACAUUAAUUGAUCGUAAAACUGGUGACAGAACUCAAGAACAUCCAAGAUUUAUAAAACAAGAUCAAGUAGGCAUUGCAAGAUUUGAAUUAUCACAAGCUGGUCAAGCUAUUUGUAUGGAACCAUUUAAACAUUUUCCUCAACUUGGUCGAUUUACAUUACGUGAUGAAGGUCGAACCGUUGCUGUUGGAAAAGUUCUCAAGAUUAUUGAGUGA